GUUGACACAACUGAUAGAGUUGGGUAUAAAACGAUCGGCUGGUCAAUAGUGCAGUGUCAGUUGUUCGUCAACUGUUGUUCAGUCACAUUCUCUUAAAGAACCAUGAAGGUUUACUUCGUCGUCGCUCUUUUUGCUUGCGCAUUAGCUGCUGCUAAUGUCGCUCAAGUUGCCGCUGAAGCUGUUGCUGAUCCUGUUGCAGCUGUGUAUGUGUCCCAAGAAGAUGAUGAUGGAAACAACGAAACUACCGAAUCAUUAAAAUACGCGAACAAGGAUGAUGACGACGACUACAAAAACGAAAAGGAAAUAUUCGACAAGGAAGUAGAAAAGAUAUCCAAUUCACAAGAAUCUUCCGAAGAACUCGUUGCUAAAACGACAACUGACACUGAAAUUCCUUCCUGCAAACCAAUUUACAUUUACCUUCCAGCUCCAGCACCUACAACAGAAGCACCUGUAUACGUUAGACCAAACACCGCUGCACCCGUUGCUCCUACAACUGCCGCCCCCGUUUACGUUGCUCCUACAACUGCAGCCCCCGUUUACGUUAGACCAACCACCGCUGCACCUGUUUAUGUAGCUCCUGUUUACGUUCCACCCCCGACCGCUGCUCCAGUCUAUGUUGCACCAACCACCGCUGCCCCUAUCUACAAAGCCCCUGCCUACGUUGCUCCUACUUAUGUCGCCUCUUCAGCUGUUGAAGUUAAAACGCCAGGAAAGAAAUAUGGAUCUGUCCGAGCACCAGGAUAUAACUUGGGUUAUGCUAAGACCGAAACCAACGAACCAUCCACGGUUGAAGUAAAGAACUCGGACAAAACAGUUGUUGAACAACCCAAAUACCCAGUCUACGUUGCCCAAACUACCGCUGCUCCUGUCUACGUUAAACCAACCACAGCUGCACCCGUUUAUGUUGCUCCUAAAACGGCAGCUCCUGUUUACGUUGCACCCAAGACCGCUGCUCCAGUCUACGUUGCACCCAAGACCGCUGCACCAGUCUACGUUGCACCAACCACCGCUGCUCCAGUAUACGUUGCACCCAAGACCGCUGCUCCCGUCUACAAAGCUCCUGCCUACGUUGCUCCUACCUACGUUGCUCCCGUUUAUGUAGCCCCUUCAACCAUUGAAGUUAAAACACCAGGAAAGAAAUACGGAUCAGUUCGAGCUCCAGGAUACAACUUGGGUUACGCUAAAACCGAAACCAGCGAACCAGCAACAGUUGAAGUAAAGACAACCUACACAACUGUUGAGGUUGAGCGACCAAAAUACGAAGCCCCUGAACCCAAAUACGUCGCUCCUGUUUACGUUGCACCAACUGCUGCUCCAGUAUACGUUGCACCAACCACCGCUGCACCCGUUUAUGUUGCUCCCACAACUGCAGCCCCCGUUUACGUGGCACCAACCACCGCUGCUCCAGUUUACGUUGCAACCAAGACCGCUGCUCCAGUCUACGUUGCUCCACAGACCACUGCUCCAGUAUACAAAGCACCAGCCUAUGUCGCUCCUUCAACUUAUGAAGUUAAAACCCCAGGAAAGAAAUACGGAUCUGUUCGAGCUCCAGGAUACAACUUGGGUUAUGCAAAGACUGAAACCAGCGAACCAUCAACAAUUGAAGUAAAGACAACCUACAAAACAGUAGAAGUUGAACAACCUAAGUACGUAGCACCUGAACCCAAAUACCCAGUCUACGUUGCACCAACUACUGCUGCUCCAGUCUACGUUGCACCAACUACUGCUGCUCCAGUCUACGUUAAACCAACCACCGCUGCACCCGUUUAUGUUGCUCCCACAACCGCAGCCCCCGUUUACGUGGCACCAACCACCUCUGCUCCAGUUUACGUUGCACCCAAGACCGCUGCUCCAGUCUACGUUGCUCCACAGACCACUGCUCCAGUCUACAAAGCACCAGCCUAUGUCGCUCCUUCAACUUAUGAAGUUAAAACCCCAGGAAAGAAAUACGGAUCUGUUCGAGCUCCAGGAUACAACUUGGGUUAUGCAAAGACUGAAACCAGCGAACCAUCAACAAUUGAAGUAAAGACAACCUACAAAACAGUAGAAGUUGAACAACCUAAGUACGUAGCACCUGAACCCAAAUACCCAGUCUACGUUGCACCAACUACUGCUGCUCCAGUCUACGUUAAACCAACCACCGCUGCACCCGUUUAUGUUGCUCCCACAACCGCAGCCCCCGUUUACGUGGCACCAACCACCGCUGCUCCAGUUUACGUUGCACCCAAGACCGCUGCUCCAGUCUACGUUGCUCCACAGACCACUGCUCCAGUCUACAAAGCACCAGCCUAUGUCGCUCCUUCAACUUAUGUAGUUAAAACCCCAGGAAAGAAAUACGGAUCUGUUCGAGCUCCAGGAUACAACUUGGGUUAUGCAAAGACUGAAACCAGCGAACCAUCUACAAUUGAAGUAAAGACAAACUACAAAACAGUAGAAGUUGAACAACCUAAGUACGUAGCACCUGAACCCAAAUACCCAGUCUACGUUGCACCAACUACUGCUGCUCCAGUCUACGUUGCACCAACUACUGCUGCUCCAGUCUACGUUAAACCAACCACCGCUGCACCCGUUUAUGUUGCUCCCACAACCGCAGCCCCCGUUUACGUGGCACCAACCACCACUGCUCCAGUUUACGUUGCACCCAAGACCACUGCUCCAGUCUACGUAGCUCCACAGACCACUGCUCCAGUCUACAAAGCACCAGCCUAUGUCGCUCCUUCAACUUAUGAAGUUAAAACCCCAGGAAAGAAAUACGGAUCUGUUCGAGCUCCAGGAUACAACUUGGGUUAUGCAAAGACCGAAACCAGCGAACCAUCAACAAUUGAAGUAAAGACAACCUACAAAACUGAAGAAGUUGAACAACCUAAGUACGUAGCACCUGAACCCAAAUACGUAGCACCCGAACCCAAAUACGUAGCCCCUGAACCCAAAUACCCAGUCUACGUUGCACCAACUACUGCUGCUCCAGUCUACGUUAAACCAACCACCGCUGCCCCCGUUUAUGUUGCUCCCACAACUGCAGCCCCCGUUCACGUGGCACCAACCACCGCUGCCCCAGUCUACAAAGCUCCAGCCUAUGUCGCUCCUUCCACUUAUGAAGUUAAAACCCCAGGAAAGAAAUAUGGAUCUGUUCGAGCUCCAGGAUACAACUUGGGUUAUGCAAAGACCGAAACUAGCGAACCAUCUACAGUUGAAGUAAAGACAACCUACAAAACAGUAGAAGUUGAACAACCUAAGUACGUAUCCCCUGAACCCAAAUACGUAGCACCAGAGCCCAAAUACCCCGUUUACGUGGCACCAACCACCGCUGCUCCAGUCUACGUUGCACCCAAGACCGCUGCCCCAGUCUACAAAGUUCCAGCCUAUGUUGCUCCUACCUACGUCGCUCCUUCAACUUAUGAAGUUAAAACCCCAGGAAAGAAAUACGGAUCUGUUCGAGCUCCAGGAUACAUCUUGGGUUAUGCAAAGACCGAAACUAGCGAACCAUCUACAGUUGAAGUAAAGACAACCUACAAAACUGUAGAAGUUGAACGACCCAAAUACGUAGCUCCCGAACCCAAAUAUCCAGUCUACGUUGCACCAACUACCGCUGCCCCAGUCUACGUUAAACCAACCACGGCUGCACCUGUUUAUGUUGCCCCUACAACUGCAGCCCCCGUUUACGUUGCACCAACCACCGCUGCUCCUGUCUAUAAAGCUUCUGCCUAUGGCGCCCCUUCAACCUAUGAAGUUAAAACCCCAGGAAAAAAAUACGGAUCAGUUCGAGCACCAGGAUACAACUUGGGAUAUGCUAAGACCGAAACCAGCGAACCAGCUACGGUUGAAGUGAAAACUACUUACAGAACAGUUGAACAGCCCAAAUAUGUUCAGGUUCAGUCGUACAGAACAGUCGAACCUCAACGAGUCUAUUCCACCCCUAAACUCUCUGCUCCAGUUUAUAGUGCACCUAAAGCAGCAGCUCCAACUUACGUGUCCUCUUCUUAUGCUCAACCAAGAUAUUAUGCUGCACCGAAUAACCAAUAUGUCUCGGCUCCAGUUGCUUCAUACAAACCUGUUGAGGCACCCAAGUAUCCAGUCUACGUUGCACCAGCACCUGUUGCACCAGCUUAUGUGUCAUCUUACGCACCGGUAGAAGUGAAACGUCCUGGUAAGAAAUACGGUUCUGUUCGUGCUGUUGGGUAUAACUUGGGUUACGCUAAGACGGAAACCAGCACAAAUUAAAAUAUAUUUCAGAAUUUUUAAAAUCAAAAAUUUGCUUAUUGGCCGACAUCAACUUAAUGAAGUCGCUCAGAAAUGUAUUUAUGGUUUGAUUUAGAUUUAUUCACCAAUUUUGUGUGCAGUGAUGUGGACGUUUUGGUUUUUACAGUGACUUCAAUCAUGUAUAGGGUUUUAUGGUAGUUAAAUAGCUACACUUAUUGUGAUGCUUGUCAAAAGCCAUGCUUAUUUCGUAUAUUCUUCUGAAAAUAUAAUUUUAAAAAUAAAUAGUUUAAAUCAUUUUUGUGAAAAACA